CCUCCCUUCCUCAGCUCAUUCUCAUAAAAAUGCUGUACCCACACGCAUCUCUACGCGACCUGUACAAGAAUAGCGGUCCAGCGUUGCUGAGCUAUCAGGUGGCUGAGACCAACUUUUAGAAGGCUUCUUCGGUCGCAUCAUGCGCCGUCAAAAAUGUCAAAGCGGGACUACGUCGGACUGCCAUGGCACUGUAAACUCGAUCAGUCGACUUAAUCUGUGAAAUACAUUGAUAUGGCAUUGCGUUGACGAGCCCCCGUGUAAACGCUGACGAAUCCGAACAACUGAAAGCCUACGAUGAGCUUCUCACUUCCGAAAAGCGAAUCUACAACCUCCUUGCUGAGAUCUUCGGGCGCAAACCGAAGAUCGACACAUCUCCCCGAACCUGGGGGAUCCCGGCGGGCUCAGCAUCGUCCCCCUACGGUCCAGGUAGCUGGCAGCACCGCAGAGGAGUCGUUCUGGUCGGCUGAAGGCGAUGCUAGUUUGCGAAGACCCCUGUGCCACCCCUCAGUCAUCGGUAACCGGGAUAGCGCUGCAAGGCGUGGGACGAAGAGCCAGUCUCAACACUAUCGCAAUUCCCACGGUCCCCUGCCCACAGGGCACAGCCAGGAGGACUUCCCGGAGAGGCAGGAUGCCAGCCGAGGAGGGAGGGAGCACAGCAAGCCAUCCAGACACUCGCAUCGCCACCACCACCACCAUCACCAUCACCAUCACAAAGCUGCGCGGGAUAACCUGCCGCCAGAGCCUCAACACAAAUACUGUAAUUCGCCUCGAAUGCCCAGUCGAACCCAGUCCUUUACCGAGGGUUCAGAUGAGGCGGCGUUAUUCUUUGAUUCACGCAAACAAACUCGACCAAGUUCAUCCUCAAGCGGGGAGAUAUGCCCGCUGUCUACGACGUCGUCCUCACCAGUUCCAGCAUCCUCCAGCAGGUCCUCUCGCCACUCCGGGAGAUCCAGCGCAGCAUCUUCUGAAUCUGACUUUAAUUUGCGUCCAAUUCUUAACUCCCUUUUUGGACAGGACAGGGAGUUGAGGCCAGAGGAGAUUGAUGAGUUGCGGGAAGCCUUCAGGGAAUUCGAUAAAGACAAGGAUGGCUACAUCGGCUGCAAGGAUUUGGGCAACUGUAUGAGGACAAUGGGCUACAUGCCAACAGAGAUGGAGCUAAUCGAACUGAGCCAGCAGAUCAACAUGAACUUGGGAGGCCACGUGGACUUUGAUGACUUUGUGGAGCUCAUGGGUCCAAAACUGCUAGCAGAGACAGCCGAUAUGAUUGGCGUGAAGGAGCUCAGAGAUGCUUUUAAAGAGUUUGACACCAACGGAGAUGGAGAGAUCAGCACCUCAGAGCUCAGAGAGGCAAUGAGGAAGCUGUUAGGACAGCAGGUUGGUCAUAGAGACUUGGAGGACAUCCUACGGGACAUUGAUUUGAAUGGUGAUGGAAGAGUGGACUUUGAGGAAUUUGUCCGCAUGAUGUCUCGCUGACAUUAAUAGAGAUGGAAGUCCCACCCAGUCCAGACCUCAUGUUCCUGUCGUGCGUUCAGUGUGUCACCUCAUCCAGUGAGAGACUGUGCAGGUAUCUGAGCCUUGCGAAUUUGAGCCAGCUUUCCUAAGGAUCAGAACUGGAAUCCACAACAUAAAUGCGAGAGGAGGAAGCAAGUUUCUUCCCAUGUCUCCUCACUCUCCCUCUCAAAAAUUACUUUUCUCUUCUGUAGCAAGUUUUCUGCACCUUUUUUGCCCCAAGGAACUCCAUAGACCUACUGCAUCCAAUCAUCUGUCUGUAUGAACUUUAUGGAGUGGUGACAUCUAGUCUAUAAAAAGGCAAUACAAUGUCCUGUGAUGACGUGGUGUUCUUGUCACUGUGUUGACAUGUGUACAUGUACCCCAAUAUAUGCAAGGCAUAGGCAAUUGUUGGGAAAUAGUUUUUGAGAAGGAAUGCCAGCGAUGUUCAUGUCUCGUUCUCUGUAUAUCUCAGUGGUGUCUUGAACUUCUCCAAUGCUUUGAAUGAACAGAGGUUUCCCUGCACCUUCCACUACCCCAGAAACGUGCAAAACACUGUGUUACUAAGAGAAUCGUCAUUCUGAAGGGAAGACUUUGUUAAGAGUAUUUGGUCUGUGAUGAAUUUGUUUCAGACUGUCCAUCCAAGACAGCUUUCCUUCAACCUUGUGGGACUCCAAGUUGCAGGCUCAAGUCAGAUGGGCUAUUAUUUCUGGUUUAACCCAAAUACUGUCAGGGUAGAAGUAUGGUAUAGUAUAGAAAAGGAAAAUAAUGUCCUUGAAGAAGUUGAAGUUGAAAGUUAUGUCCAGUAAAUGAAAGUGAUACUUACGUUGCUCCACGUAUGCAAUAUGCCAUCUGAUUUAACACAGUAGCUUACCUGUUAGUUCAGGAAUUGUGCUAUGUUGUAAAUCCCGAUGGCACCCACCUUUUGUAAGCUACCCGUUUCACCUCUGCCUCUUUUCCGAGGUGUUCUGCAUAAAUCUCUGUCAUUGUUGUGGUUUAACUUAGCUGUUCUACAUCUCCUCUAAUAAAAUGCUGGAUCCUAUGGAUGCAGAUGCAGACAGACCUCUGACAUAGCUGAAGUCUCACACAUUUAAAGGAGCCUGGACAUUUGAGCAUGUUGUCAUCACAGUGUUUGACAGUGUGUGUGUGUGUAUGUUUUUGCCUGAAUGUUAGUCUCUGUCAAACUCAAUGUUUGUUCCAUGUGAGCAGGUGUUCAAUGUGGAACCCGGUCUGUUAGAUUUGCUGUUUUUCUGCAUGCCAAAAAAAGAAUG